AUGCGAAGGUGGCAUGAGAAGUGGGGACGGCUAGGCGAGGCUACAAGGAAAGCGGAGAAAGAUGCAGGAAUAGUUGAGAGUAAGCGAAGACAGUGGGUCCAAAACGCCAGGCAAGGAGGUGGCGAAUAUGAUGGAGAGGAUCCGAGAAAAAUCAACGGACAGCUAAAAGAAAGCGAGCGCGCACAGAAGGAGAAAAAGGAAGAAGAAAGGAUGCAGAGCGGGCCGAAAGGCGAAGGAAAGAAGAGAGGGAGACAGGAGGAGCAGGGAAAGGAAGAUAAGAUGAGGGCUAAAGGACGAAGGAUCAGGGAAGAGGAGGAGGAAGAGGAGCUGGCCAGGUCGUUAAUGGAAGCAGCGGAGGCAGUAGAAGAGGCUGAGGCAUCAAUGUGCCAGCUCGAGAAAGAUUUUGAAUGGGGAGAGGCGGAAAUGCAAGAAUUACCGCCGCCAACCACCAGCUCAACACCGACCCCAGGGAUGGAGAAAGAGCUGGAAAUGGGAAACAGGGCCAGCGAGGACAAGGAAAAGGAGCGUGCAACAAAUGGCAAGAGGAGAGCUACUGCGCCAAUAAUAGUGGAGGACACACGACUGGACCACGGAUCAGGCAAAGCAACGAUUAGAAAGGUGGAGAUGCUGCAGCCAGUGAUCAAGAUCAUGCGAUUAAGGACGGACGAAGGAAAAGUUAAAAGGGGCGAAGCUAACACAGGAGAUAGGAAAGGAGAGACGGUAACGACGGGAAUGAAGCAGGACGAAGAGGAAAGGGGGGAGGAGGUGAUUUUGAUUAAAUAUCCCAAGGAGGACAUUGGGUAUUGGGGAGCAAUCAAAUGGCUCAAAUUAGUGGUGGGCGAGUACGCGGAAAACUUUCAAGAAAUUAGGGACACGAGAAAGGGCGACAUUUUAAUAGCGAUUAAAAACGGUAAAGGGAGAGAGAAUAGUAGGGAGUGCGCAGGCAAGAUUAAUAGAGAAGGGGAGGGAAGGUGGGUUGCGCGAGGGCAUUCUGACACGGUAGAAGUAGCGAUCAGAAUAACGGAUCCGGAUCUGGACGGGGAGGAGUUGAUCAAAGCGUACAAGGAGAGUAGGCUGAGCGAACUAGUGAAGAGCGGGGACGUUAAGUUUAGAUGUAUAAGAGGUCCGGAGGGAACCUGUCACCGGACGGCGUACUUAGAUUGCACGAGGGAAGCCGCUAAGAAGCUAGUGCAGGAGAAGCAAAUUCGAACAAAGUGGCAGGAGUUGCGGCCCUUCUUCCCGAGGAAAAAGUCUAGCGGAGAUGAGAAAAGCAGGAGGCAAGAAGGAAAGGAGAACAGAGGAGCUGGGAAACAAGGAGGAAAAGGCAAUAGUGAAGCAGGAGCAGAGUGGCAAGCCAAACCGGGUACAAGCCAACUAAACAAGGGUAAACCGCGCAAGCGGGGGCAGCCAAAAUGCAAUAACGAGGCAAAGCGUGACAAGCUUCUAAACACUAAACCAUUAAAACUGCUAAAGAGCAACAAUACAAAACACCUAAAGCACCAAACAGAAACAAACACUAAAACACCUUAG